UGUAUCGGCGGAAGCCGUGUGUUGUCUUCUUCCGUCCGAGCACAAGCUACGGAGACCCGGAGGUACCUCGUCGGAUGUACGUGAUACGUGUGUGUGGAGGGCAGAUUAGGUCAGGUUGCAUUCUGUUGUUUAAGGUUACCAUUGCAGCGACUGCUGAGUGUGCUUUGUAGCUGGCGUCCCUCUCAUUGAUUUAAACAGCACACGGACGUCUUACUGGCUGUCAGUGUCAGCGCUCCAAUUGGUACAAACCCGAAAACCACCCCGAGUCUGCAGUGCCCUUGGAAAGAUUCAACACGUGGGUUAUCAGUCGCGGACGAGACCGGCAAGGUCAUCGUUUACCUGCACACGAGUGGGCUUGCACGCAGACAGAGCGCGCUGUGCUUCUGUAGUCAUUUAGAUUCGCAUCCUCCUCAGUGUGCGAGGUGCAGGGCUGCCCUCUGAUCUGUCAGUAUCAGAAGAGAAAGAUAUCGCGGUUUUGCGUUGUUUCAUUAAAGCGUGUUUCAUAGUAAUCGAUAAUAGGAAGGUACCAAAGUCAUGGCAGGACUGAUCGAUUUCCAAAACGAGGCAGAGGUGAAGCAGUACUUGGAUAAUCUCGGGAUCGAGUACAGCUUCCAGUGCCACAAGGAGAAGGAUCCGGAAGGCUGCCAGCGGCUGGCCGACUAUCUGGAGGGCGUGAAGAAGAACUACGAGGCGACGGCGCAGGUGCUGAAGAUGAACUGUGAGCAGAAUGAGCACCCAGAGAGCUGCUACAAACUGGGAGCCUAUUAUACCACGGGCAAGGGAGGGCUGCCUCAGUGCCUGAAGACGGCGUACUCCUGCUUCCUCAAGUCCUGUGAGAAGGGCGGGAAGAAGUCUGUGGAUGCGUGCCACAACGUGGGGCUGCUGGCACACGACGGGCGGGCACUGGGGGGCAAGGUGGAUCCCGUGGCGGCGCGGGAUUACUACACGCGGGCGUGUGAGGGCGGCUUCGCGGCCAGCUGCUUCAACCUGAGCGCUCUGUUUAUCCAGGGAGCACCGGGGCUGGGCAGGGACAUGGGGCUGGCGCUACGGUACGCACUGCGGGCCUGCGACCUGGGCCACGUGUGGGGCUGCGCCAACGCCAGCCGCAUGUUCAAGCUGGGCGAGGGGGCGCCGCAGGACGACGCCAAGGCCGAGGCGCUCAAGAACCGCGCCAGGGAGCUCCACGGGCAGCAGCAGGAGGCGCAGCUGGCUUUCGGGGUGUAGAGGGGGCGUUCCGCACCCCGAUCUCACCCCAGGGGGCUGACAGCAGAGCCACCACACAGUCCGCUCCAGCACAUUCACCCCUCAAACUGCCAGGGGCGCCAGCUGCACUGGCCUGUAUGAGAGAGGGGCUUUCCAACAGCAGGCCGUCCAGCCCGGAGUUGUCUGUGGUUGCUGGUGUGUGUGUCUCAGUGACCAGAGUGAUUGUAACUGUGGCAGGGGGGAAGCCCUGCUGGUGUAAUUAGUGUUUUGUAUCUUUGUAGAAAUAAAGAUUAAUUAAAAACA